AUGGCCCACGUGGAUCCACCCAUCGCCCAACAAACCGACUCUGACACCAGAAGGGCCAAACAAGGCAAAGAACACCUAAAGGCUGUUAUGUCGCAAAAGCCAGAGCGAAGAGCAGAGUUGAAGUUCCAGUUGAAACUGGUUCGAAGCAGAUCAGCAUCUAUGACAAACAGACUUGCCUGUACUCAUUGGAGAAUGCUGUGUAAACGUAUUCAUCUCUUGGCCCAACCUUGUGCUGCUCAGGGUUUCAUCAUCGCUCGAAGACUUCUGUAUGAUGGAUUGGUUAAACUUCAGCCAGAGGUCUCUGAAGCAAUAGCCAAGAAGAAGGCUGUGGUGGCUUUGGAGAGCACGAUCAUCACACAUGGCAUGCCAUACCCUCACAACCUGAAUACUGCUAAAGAAGUUGAGCAGAUUGUAAAAAGUCAUGGGGCAGUUCCUGCAACAGUCGGCAUUGUGAAAGGAAGGAUUCACGUUGGACUAUCAGACAGUGACCUGCAGUACCUGGCAGAAAGCAAGGAAACCCUCAAAUUAUCUCGGAGAGAUCUACCCUACAUCCUCAGCAAGGGCCUAUCUGGUGGUACCACAGUUUCAGCUACUAUGAUGGUAGCACACAGAGUUGGAAUUCCAUUGUUUGUGACUGGCGGGAUUGGAGGAGUGCAUCAUGAUGGCCAAAACUCAAUGGACGUAAGCACAGAUCUGACUGAACUGGGUCGCACUCCUGUUACAGUGGUUUCAGCAGGAGUCAAAUCCAUUCUGGAUAUUGGGCGAACUUUGGAAUAUUUGGAGACCCAUGGGGUUUGUGUGGCCGCGUUUGGAAAGACACGUGACUUCCCAGCAUUCUUUAUUCCGAAAAGUGGUUUUCAGUCUCCUUGGAACGUCACUGAUGAAGAGGAAGCAGCUCAGCUUAUUGCUUCUGCCCGUAGAUUUGGCCAUGACAGUGGUGUGCUAAUCGCUGUCCCUAUUCCAGAGGAGCAGGCAGCACCAAGCCUGGUUAUUGACAAUGCAAUCCAGCAGGCUGUGGGAGAAGCCAGGAAUAAAGGUAUUCAGGGCAAGGAAGUUACACCCUUCAUUCUAACCAGAAUUCACGAGCUCACCAAAGGACUUUCCUUAACUACAAACAUUGCUCUCAUCAAGAACAAUGCAAAAGUGGGUAGUCGCAUCGCGUGUGCCCUCAGCAGGCAGUGUCACCACAAGUCCAGCACUCUGUCACAGCCAUCAAGGUUAAAGAAGGAUUCCUUUGCACAGCUGGUUGUAAUUGGUGGCUGCAAUGUUGAUUUCAUUGCAAAGGCAAAAGGAGGUGAUCUGAUGUUUGCUGGAUCCACAAAUCGUGGUACCGUACGCCAGUCAAUAGGGGGAGUCGGCAGAAACCUUGCAGACUGUCUAAGUCGCUUAGGGUUGAAUCCACUGUUCAUCUCUGCCAUUGGGAAGGAUGACAAUGGAGAAGCUGUUCUUUCCUUUUGCAGUCACAUGGAUACUAGUGGUGUGGCAGUAUUACCAGGACAUAGCACAGCAGUGUACUGUGCUGUAAUUGCAGCAAAUGGAGAGCUAAGCCUGGGCCUUGGAGACAUGGACAUUCACCGACAAAUAACAGAGCAGUAUGUUUCUAAAUUCAAGGAGCAACUCCAAUCAGCCUCAUUAGUGUGUCUAGAUGGGAAUAUCCCUGCAUCGACUAUCCAUUAUGUCUGCAGUAUUGCAAAAGAACAUGGAACACCAGUGUUAUUUGAACCGACAGACUCUAUCGCAGCUUGCAAACCAUUUGAGUCAGACAGUUGGAAAUCUCUGACAUUCACAUCACCCAAUCUGCAGGAACUACGGGCAAUGAAUGAGGCUCUUGGACUACCAGUGCCAACAGAGUUGCCCACCUUGAUAGAUGAUGUCAUUGGUGUUGCGCUGGACAUGUCACGGCCACUGUUGAAACACUUGCAAUGUGUGAUUGUAACUCUGGGUCACCAAGGCGUAAUGCUAUGUGGCAGAAGUGAAGAAGGAACUAUUUUUCUUCAGCCAAAGAAAGCUUCUAAGAUUGUACUUGGUAAAGUUUGUGCUAUCCAUUACCCAGCAAUUGCUGUUGAACCCAAAGAAAUACUGAACGUAUCUGGAGCUGGUGACAGCCUUGCUGCUGGAAUUAUAGCAGGCAUUCUGACACAACAGGAGACUCACACUUGCAUCCAGAUGGGCUUACUGGCUGCCAGCUACUCACUCAAGUCUCAAGAAGCCAUCUCCAUACAAAUCAGCACAGACAGUGUGAAUCCACAGCAGGUCAUUGACAGAGUAUGGCAGCAACCAACAUACCAUUAUGAGAACAAAGCAUCCACCAACAGUGAACAAUAACUUCGCAGAGACCUGACCUGAUUCUUUUGGGAUUGAUUAA